GUUGUUGUAGGUUGUUGUGCUACAGUGCUGCUCUCUGACGGUUCAGGUGUGACAGGUGAAGGCAGAUUUGACACGACAGAAAUGAACUGAAACCUGUAGAGGCGCAUGUUAAGCUGAACAGAUCGUUGGAUUUAGUAAACCGCAGACCACGUCUUGACUCGCCGAACUGGCGCCUGCAAGAGACUCACAAGUAUGCGUAGUGCAAUCGUCUCAGCCCUCACAGUAUGUUGCCUGAUGUUCGUCGCCCGGGCCCUGCCGGCCCCCGAAGCAGCGGCAGACGAAUCCUUCUUGAAUGGCCAUAAGUACAUGUCACACGAUGAGCUGUCGGAGUUCCUGCUCAAACUGGAGCAGGAACACCCACACCUCGCGGCGCGCAAGUCCAUCGGCAAGUCCGUGGAGGGACGCGACCUGUGGGCCCUGGAGCUGAGGCGCAAUGUGGCCGAGGAGCGGCCCCUGGGCAUGCCCAUGGUGAAGAUGGUCGCCAACAUGCACGGCGACGAGACGGUGGGGCGGGAGCUCUUGAUCUUCAUGGCCCAGUACCUGCUCGGCAACUACGGCAAGGUGGAUCGUGUGACGCGCCUGCUCAACAGGACUGACAUCUUCCUGAUGCCCUCCAUGAACCCCGAUGGCUACACGAGAUCCCAGGAAGGUCUGUGUGGAUCUCUAAAAGAUUAUAUUGGCAGAGAAAAUGCUAAUGCAGUUGACUUAAAUAGGGACUUCCCUGACCAAUACGGAUCCCCAAACAAAACACUUGAAGAGUGCCAACCAGAAACACAAGCAAUGAUGAACUGGAUUGUAUCAGAGCCAUUUGUAUUAUCUUCAAACUUGCAUGGAGGGGCUGUUGUCGCUAGCUAUCCAUUUGAUGACAACCAACGUCAUGACGAAACUUCAAAAGUUGAAAGCAAAUCACCUGAUGAUGCGGUUUUUAAAUUCUUGUCUUUGGAAUAUGCCAAGAACAAUCCAAAAAUGGCUGCCGGGAAUGCUUGUCAGUCCAUGUAUCCUGAUGAAUAUUUCCCCCAAGGUAUUACUAACGGGGCAUUCUGGUAUAAUGUUGAUGGUGGCAUGCAAGAUUUUAAUUAUUUGCACUCAAAUUGCUUUGAAAUAACAUUUGAGUUGUCAUGCUGCAAGUUUCCCAAUGUGACUGAACUGCCAUCAUACUGGAGAGACAAUCGUGAAUCUCUCUUAAAAUACUUGGAGUUAACAAACAUGGGCCUUCAUGGAUUUGUAAUGGAUGAGAAUAAUAACGCAAUCCAAAAUGCUGACAUUGUAGUGCAAAAUAUUGAAAAGAACAUUACCUCAACCUCUCGUGGAGAGUAUUGGCGCCUUCUUUCUCCUGGCAACUAUGUAGUGCAUGCAAGUGCAUAUGGCUACCAGUCAACAUCUCCUAUACCUAUCGCCAUAUCCAGUGUUGAUGAGCCUAAAAUCCUCAAUUUUACUCUCCAUCGUCUUCAAAGUCAAGGACCAGGAGUAUCUGGAAAGUUGGUGUCAAAGUUGCGCCCAGCCAUGGAUAGGGACGGAUUUAUGACUGAAACGGUUUUUACCCACCACAACUAUACAGAAAUGGUGCAUUGGCUCACAUUCUUGUCACGCACAUAUCCUAAAAUAACUCGCUUGUAUUCUAUUGGAAAGAGCGUUCAUGGACGUGACUUGCUUGUCCUUGAAAUCAGUGACAACCCAGGACAUCAUGAACCAGGAGAACCUGAAUUUAAAUACGUUGCUAAUAUGCAUGGCAAUGAAGUUGUGGGACGAGAAAUGCUCCUGCUUCUUGCCAAGUAUUUGUGUGAACAGUAUCAAACAGACAAACGUUUAACUGAUCUGGUUGACAACACGAGAAUUCAUCUUAUGCCAUCCAUGAACCCUGAUGGUUAUGAAAUUUCAAGGGAAGGUGACAGAAUGUCAAUUCAUGGUCGUGCCAACAGUAAUGGGAUUGAUCUGAAUAGAAACUUCCCUGAUCAGUAUGGAGUUACCGAGGACAAUAAAGUACAGCAACCUGAGACAAAGGCUGUCAUGGAAUGGAUCACUGGAAACCCAUUUGUUUUAUCAGCCAACCUGCAUAAUGGGGCUUUGGUUGCAAACUAUCCGUUUGAUGACACUGAAGAUGGGCACACAGGAGCCAACCGAAGCCCAGAUGAUGCUGUUUUCAAACGCCUUGCUCAUACCUAUGCAAAUGCUCACCCAACCAUGCCCCUGGGAGAGCCAUGUCGCCAUAAUUCUGGGGUUUUGGAAAAACCGUUUCCCUCUGGAAUAACAAAUGGAGCUGAGUGGUAUGUGGUGUCUGGGGGAAUGCAAGACUUCAAUUAUUUAAACUCAAAUUGUUUUGAAAUUACAAUUGAAAUGGGAUGUGAUAAAUUUCCUAAUCACACAGAAAUACAUAAACAUUGGCUUGAUCAUCGGGAGGCACUUCUUUUAUACAUGGAGCAGGUCCAUUCUGGUGUAGCUGGUUUUGUGAGGUCAACAAGUGGGAAUGGUUUGAAAGACGCAACAAUAAGCGUUAGAGGCAUUAAUCACUCUGUGAAAACGGCUGCAGAUGGUGAUUACUGGAGGCUUCUUGUACCAGGAACAUACACUAUCACAGCAUCAGCACCAGGGUAUGAAAGUCAAACACUUAAAAUUGAAGUGCCUGAAACUGGUGCACCAACAUACAAGGCAACAAGAGCAGCUUCUCUCAAUUUCACUCUUCUCAGAGAAGAUGUCUUGGAGUGGUCUUAUGUUCAUGAUUAUAAUAUAACAGAAAAUGUAGUCACCAUGUAUGAAUUGCAUCAACCAGAAGCUUUCAAGAAUAUCAUUGGGACCCUAGAAACUAAGAAUUCCGAAAUCAUUGAAAUUAUACCCAGUAGUAGUAAUGAAGUUAUGCACUACAAAAUAAGUGAUCAGAUUGGAUCUCCAGAAGAAAACAAAUUUCACAUCUUGUUGAUUGGAGGCCUGUGGGGUCCAGAAUCAGUGGGCCCAGAACUUCUUCUUCGCUUCACACGCCACCUUGUUGCUGCCUUUAAUGAAAAGGAAUCUAAUGUUACUCAUGUCCUAAAGAACUGUGUUGUUCACAUGUUGCUCAUAUUUGACCAAUCUACUGAUAAAGGUUUGGAAUGUGACCUAUCAAACAAGCCUGGAGGUGGUUUAGGCCAACUAAUUGCAAGUCCUGGUGUCACAAGUCCUGAUGUGAAUGCUGAGAGCAAAUUAUUGGUAAUGGUGUUGGAUACUAUCCGGUCUCAGCCUCUAGAUCUUGUUGUCAGUCUUGAGGGUGGUGGUCUGAAACUCAGGCAUAGCACACAAACUGAUGACAUACUGAGAGACGCUUUGAUCAUGUUAGAAGAGCAAUUUGAAAAGCCUUCUAAUGGAGUUUAUCAUCCCAGGGAGUGUGAAUCUGUAACAAGUAUCCCUUCAGAUAAUAUGGAGAAGCUGCGACAGAGAAUGGUUGAUAAUAUGUAUGCAAGGACAGGGAAACCAAUGGUCUCAAUACAAGCAAGUUGUUGUCGCCAUGCUCCCCCAGCGUCUAUCCCAAAACUCUGGAAAAAUAACAUGGCAGGCCUUUUGAGGCUCUUGAGUGCGAGUGUGCAGGGUGUCAGAGGUCAAGUACUGUAUUCGAAUGGUGAUCCAAUGCGUGGUAGACUUGUAAACUUCAAAGAUUCCACUCGCAAGAUUGAAGUAUCUCCAAAUAUGGCAUAUUUUAAGGCAAUUCUUCAUUCAGGCUCUUACAUUCUUCAGGUCUUGACUGAGGAACUUACACUAAAUGUUUAUGAUAACCAGACAACAGACUUUACUUUUAAGUUGAGUCAAAAUGUCAACUAUGGUGAACCAUUGCCUGAUGCGCAGUCUUCUACGCCCACUGCGUAUCACACUCCUCAAGCAAUUCGACAGACACUGAUUGAACUAAACAACCGUUUCCCCAAAGUAACCCGUCUAUACAGUCUUGGACAAAGUCAUACUGUGCCUGUGCUGGAACUGGGCAAACAAGAUAGAGAUCCAGUUAUAAGUAGCCCCUCAUCUAUAGCCUUUAUUGGUGGAUUUCAUCCAGAUGAAGGCAUAAGCAGUGAAAUUCUGAUCCAAUUCAUUCAACAUUUACUUCGUGAAUAUGGCAAAGAUGAUAAGGUUACUCAAUAUUUUGAAAAUCUCAAAAUACAUGUAAUACCUAUUCUUAAUCCAGAUCCUAGUCUUGAGUCUGAAAGGAUCAAUCUAGAUACUGAUUUUCCAGUAGAAGAUACAAAUCAAAAGCCACAACUAACUGUUACCAAGGAACUCAUUUCAUGGCUUCAAACUGAAAGUCCUGUCUUUGCAACGACAAUACGUGCGGGAUCAGUUCAUGUUUCAAUACCUUUUAGCAACUCUUAUCGUCGUUUAUCCGGUUCUACAACUGCAAAUUCAUUUGCCUCUGUUGAUGACAAGCUGUUUAGACUGAUUGGUGAGAGUUACGCUGCACUCCAUCCAUCAAUGUCUCAUGGUGUACCUCGCUGCAUGAAGUCAAAGUCAUCUACGGAUAUUUUUGAGAAAGGUGUUAUCAAUGCUGGGCAAUGGCGACCUCGUUCUGGAAGCUUCAUGGAUUUUGCAUAUCUCAACAGUAGUGUAAUGGCCAUGGAAGUCUUUGUAGAUUGUAAUUUAUUGCCAGCUCAGGCAUCAGUCCUACAAACUUGGUUGGAUCAUCAAAAAAGUUUACUCUUCUUGUUGGAUAUUGUUAAUGGUUCCGGUGCUCCUGGAUUCACUGGGUAUGUUACUGAUGAAAGUGGUAUACCAGUUAGCGAUGCUCGAAUUAUGAUUGAUGGAGGUAUACAUGUUGUAAAGACUGGUCAUAAUGGUGCCUACUGGAGAUUGGCAAGCUCUGGUGUGCACACUGUGACAGUAGAAGCUGAUGGUUACCUGCCCUUAACAAAAUUGGUGACUGUUCCUGCUCCUCAGCUCUUGAAAGUCAUGUUCAGACUCACGAAAGAUGAGUCUGUGAUGGGGUUGCCGCGUUUAGUUUUCAUAAUGUUUGCAGGAUUAUUAUGUCUACUUUUGGUUGUUUGUGGUGCCUGCUCCUAUGCAUUGUGUCAGCGCCGCUCUAAACGUCAAAGGGAGGACAAUUAUUCAUUUUCUAUUUUGUCUCAAAGAGCAGAAAAUUUUGAUGAAGUGAAGGACAUGUUUUCUACCCCAGUUCUAAAUGAACUUCGCAGUAGACCAUAUCAUGAUGAAGAUUCAACAUCAGAGGAAGAUGAGAGCAUAGGUGGUGAAGAUGAUAUUGUAGUAGUGCGUACAAGCCCUGACUUUGAUAGAAAAUUUUAAUAUUUUAAAUGCUAGAUAAAAGUAAUUUGUGAUAUUUUGAAAGAUAUUUCACCAUUCUUUCAGUUUUAGGAUUAUUAUAUGAGGUAUGGCAGGCCAAGCUCAUUAUUUUGGAUACCAUGUUUUAGAGUGCGUUAGUACUUAAUGGAUAAUUCCUUGAACUUUUCUGAAGAGUGUAUUUUUUUAUCAUCUUAUCUAUUUGUUAUCCACCAUAUUGUGAUAAUUUCAAAGUAUUUUUGACUACAUGCACCUGAAAAUUUCUGUAAAUAUUUUAGAUGAUAUUUUAUAGUUGUUAGAGUAUGUUGUUGAAGAUGAUAUAGACUUUUAACGAUAGUUUACCAUAGAUUUAAACAUGUUGACAACUCUUUCCUGUUUUGGCACUUUGGGUUCUGCACUUUUUAUGUCUUAACUUUGUAUUUUAUUUUUCUCUUUAUUCAAUCAUCUUAUACUUGCUGUUGAAUCUCCUUGCUGUGGACUCAUUAUGACAAAUAAGUGAAGCAGUGCAAGAAUCUGUUGUUUGGCAAGUUUCGCGUUUAAGUUUUACUCCUCCAUUGACCAAAACAGAAAUUUUUAUAACUUGAAAUUUUAUCUUUCCUUUAUGUUGGCUGUGAUUAUAUUUGAAGUCGUAAUUUCACAGACUUAAGAAGUACUUAAAUAUGGAGUUUGUGAUAUUUCCAUUUAAAAGAUAAACAAAAGAAGUAGAAAGUCUGGUUAGUUCUAGUAGGUGCAUCCCUGUCAGUUUUACAAAGUAAUAUAUUGUACUGACCAUCUGAGUAAAAUGGAAAUUAUUUGCUUUUAAGAAAAAGAUUUAACUUCUCAGGAUUUUUAAGAGACAAUAAAUAAAUUGACUUCUA